AAGGUUGUGAGGCCGGCUGUUUUCAGCUGGGAGUCGUCGCCGUCUUGGCGUCUUCCGACUCCAGGCUCCACACCACAUCGCACGGCCCGGCGGCCGGCAGAGGACAUGGAGAAGCACGGCGGCGACGGCGGCGGCAAUGGGCUCCGGCACCACGCCAUCCGAAUCCCGCUCACAGUUCCAGCCCCAGAAGUUGCAGCGAUGGAAGAGGACUGGGAGGAGCCCAACGUCUCGCUGCGCCAGAAAGCCUCGAAGAUCAUGUCUGCCUCCACGGCGGCGUACCGCAGCAAGCCCGGCUCUUUCUGGGCGCUCCUCGUCCUCAGCGCCGGCGCGAUGCUCACCGCGUUCCCGGCGUCGAGCCUGCUGUCGCGGCUGUACUACAACGGCGGCGGGCAGAGCAAGUGGAUCCUCUCGUGGUCCGCCGUCGCCGGCUGGCCCAUCCCGGCGCUGCUCCUGCUCCCCUGCUACCUCCUCCUCGACGGGGCGUCGCCGACGUGGCCGCCGCCGCUAAGGCUGUGCCUCUGGUACGCCCUGCUCGGCCUCCUCAGUGCGGCCGACAACCUCAUGUACGCGUGGGCCUACGCGUACCUGCCGGCCUCCACCGCCUCCCUCGUCGCCGCCUCCUCGCUCGCCUUCUCGGCGGUCUUCGGCCGCCUGAUCGUGAAGGAGAAGAACCGGAUGGGGCUCUCGACGGUGAACGCCAUCGUGGUCAUCACCGCCGGCGUGGUGAUCGUGGCGCUGGACUCGGGCUCCGACAGGUACCCGGGCGUGACCGGCAAGCAGUACGCGCUGGGCUUCGUGCUGGACGUGGCCGGCUCUGCGUUGCACGGCCUCAUCUUCGCGCUCUCGGAGCUCGCAUUCGUCACGCACCUCGCUGCUGCCGGCAGUAAUGACGGCGGCGCUUCGUCGUCCCGGUUCCACGUGGUUCUAGAGCAGCAGGUGGCGGUGUCUCUAUCUGCGUUCGCAUUCACGUCGGCCGGGCUCGCUGCCUUCGGGGAGGCAUUCGGAGCGAUGCGGAGGGAGGCGGCGGUGUUCAGCGCCGGAGGGGGAGGCAAGGCAGGGUACGCGAUGGUGUUGGGGUGGUCGGCGGCGACAUUUCAGCUGGGAGUGCUGGGAGCGACGGGAGUUGUGUACCUGGGCUCGACGGUGCUGGCGGGGGUGCUGAACGCGGUUAGGGUGCCGGUGACGAGCGUGGCGGCGGUGAUCUGGUUCCAUGACCCGAUGAGCGGAUUCAAGAUCCUGUCUCUGGUAAUCACGGUGUGGGGGUUCGGGUCCUACAUGGUUGGCCACUCCGGCGCCGCCAAGAAAACGUCCAUGCAUCGAUCUCGAAGCGGGAGCCAAACCAUGAGCUGAUCUUACUGAAGAACUGUAUUGUUCUGACAGUGUAACAUUGAUUCAAUUGCGAGUGGAUGGACAUGAUGGGAGUAAUUAGCCUCCAAUUUGAAAUGUACAUUUGGUUCAACUGACUGAUUGAUCGGUUU